UCUGUCGCUAAGCAACCCGGGACGCGCAGCUGCUGCACUGCGGCACCGGAAAAAGAAGCGGAAUCAACGCAACAGAAUAUUCUGUUUGGGGACGACGACGACGUUACAACGACCGGCGGUUCGUUAUCUAAACGUCAUUACCGAGCGUUUUAGGGUGUUUCCAUCCCGUAUGCAAUGCUGAUUGACUGUCUUGUCUGUCCGUCAACUCGUCCCCGGGAUGAUACUGCAGAGAGAGUGCCGCUAGCUCGGUAGCAGCAUUAAGCGUUAACCGUGGAUGACGGCUACGGUACACCGGAACGUCCUAUCAUCAUUGAAUCAACAUGAGUCGUUACUGCACCCUGAACAACAACUUUCCCAAUGAAAACAACCUCCUGGUCCUGGACAUGGUGCUGAGCUCUCUCUGGAGCGUUCCACAGCCCAUCAACUGGGACAACGUGGCCAUGCUGGUCCCUGGCUUCACACCCAAGGAGUGUGCGCAGAGGUUCGAGGAGCUAAAGAGCACCGGAGGGUUCCAUCACGUGGACGACCAAUGCAACGCGCUGACGGCAGGAGGCUCCUCCCCUGUGGACUACAUCAAAUCCACACUAUUGGACACCACGGGAGAGGUGGGGAGACGCGGACCAAUCAGAGCUCCAUCUCAGGGACGGGCCUGGCGGUGAACCCUUCCAGAGGAAGCUCGGUGGAGAAGGAGAGCAGGGAGUCUGCAGAGGAGGGCGAGAAGCCCCAGGAGGGGAAAGGGCCCAAUAUGGUGAUCCACGUGUGUGACGAGGCUAAGAACCUGAAGCAGGACUUCAUGUGUCCCCGUGACCUUCUGAUCAACGAGAUGCGUUACUUUGCUGAGUACCUCUCUGUUGACACCCAGCGCUGGGAGGAGGUGGACAUCUCUGUGCACUGUGACGUGCAGAUCUUCGACUGGCUCAUGAACUACGUCAAGAGGCACAAAAUGGCCGUCGAUGGCAACCAUGACAAACCCAAGCUCGAGCCCAGCAAUGUGAUCUCAAUCCUCAUCUCCUCCGAGUUCUUGAAGAUGGACACGUUAGUGGAGGAGUGCAUCCAGUACUGUCACAAGCACAUGAGUGCCAUCGUGGCCACACCCUGCAACAUGAACUGCAUCAACAGUAACCUGGCAGCGGACUUGUCUGAGCUCUUCAGCCACAACGAGGCAGACGACAUCACGGACAGAAAAGACAAGUUCAAAAGUAAGUUAUUCCAGAAGAAAAUUGAGUGUCUCUUCGAUCCUGACUAUAAGAACCGGGACUCCCCAGGCAACGCAGCAACUCUGUACAGGUGUGGUCUGUGCCUGAAACUGCUGACCAAGGACACAGAGCGGAAGAUCUCCUGCAUCCCAGGGAAGAUCAACAUCAACCCUCGAGGAGACAUCACCUACACUCACAGCAGGUCCUGUACCACCCAGUUUACACCUUGGCUGUGGGUUCGAUUCCCUCUGUGGCCACCCAUAGGUAAAAUGUAAGCGUGCAGGACUGUAAAGGGUCUAUCAGAGUACCACAUUUGGACGCCAUAUUGACACAGCAGUGUUCUAGAAUAUUGGACUGUUGUCUUUCAUACUUUUUGAGUUCUCAGCGCAGCUCAAGCAAUUUCUCCAACUGUCAACACAUUCCAAACAUUCCAUUGAAUAGAGGACGUGUACCGGAAAGUUGUUGGUUGGGAUUUUUGGGGAGGUGCACGUUCGGGAGGUGCGUGGUCCCGCGGAUGAUGGUCUCCUAGCUGCGUAGCCAUGUCCCAAUGGGACCAACACCUCUCAGCGUCUGUGGACUGUGAUUUACGGUUGUCGCUUUGGAUAAAAACUGAUGCUGUAUUUAUUUUUUUACCUUUUAUUUAACUAGGCAAGUCAGUU